CCGGAAGACGCAUUGGCGUAUCAGCAGUCGCUCCUGACGACCGCGAGCAAUCUGCACUGCCACAAUUUUGGUGCGGAGUCGUCAGUGACUCGGGAGAUCGCCGGUCACGGUAAGGAGUCCCUGAAGAUGGAAGGCAAUGCCCGAAUCGAGUCGGGCUCGGAAGGCAGCGACGAUGACGAGGAGCACCGGCCGGCGAGGAGGUCGGGCAAGCAACACUGCUCGAAGAACCUCUUCGCGGAGCGAAAGAGAAGGAAGAAGCUCAACGAUCGGCUCUAUGCUCUGCGCGCAUUGGUUCCAAAGAUCACAAAGAUGGACAGGGCUUCGAUACUAGGAGACGCCAUCGAGUACGUGAUGGAUUUGCAGAAGCAAGUGAAGGAUCUGCAGGACGAACUGGAGGAGACGAAUCAGGAGGACGACGGCCACGACAAGCAGAUCGGAAGCAACCUCCGCAACAGCAACAGCCAAAUGGAUGUCCCGAUCCCAAAUGGGUGGCUGGAUCACGACGAUUCUGGGAACAAUCCCAGGACGGCAGCCGCCGCCGACGAUAACAAGCCAUCAUCCGACAAGGGUCAGCAGAUGGAGCCACAGGUGGAGGUGAGGCAACUGGAGGCGAACGAGUUCUUCCUGAAGGUGCUGUGCGAGCACAAGCAAGGAGGGUUUUCGAGGCUGCUGGAAGCGAUGAGCUCCCUGGGACUGGAAGUAACCAAUGUCAGUGUCACCACGUACGGGAGCCUAGUCUUGAACGUCUUCAGAGUUGAGAGAAGAGAUGAUGAAGUGGUGGAAGCAGAUCGAGUGAGGGACUCAUUGCUGGAGGUGACGCGAGAUCCGCAAGGGUGGUCAGGGCUUGCACAAGCAGUGGAGUAUCAGCAGCAGCACCCCCAGCACGGCCACAGCCACCACGAGCUCGGCUUCGACCAUCACCUUCAUUACCUUCACCACCAAGCAUAGCUUGGCAACACAAUGGUGUGCUUCACAAUGAUUGUAGUUUGAGCUCAUCUACCGUGUUAUUAGUCCUCUUAUAUUCUCUAGGAGAAAUAUAGAAAUGGGGGC